AUGCAGCCCUCAAGUGAUCUAGAGAAGACUGGAUUUCCUACAUGCAAUACUCAAGAACCCAAAUCAAGAUGUUCGACAGCAGAUCCGGAGAAAGAUGACCAGAAAAUAUCAUCUUACAACAUACGAACUAGUUUUUCUUCAAGUUCCUUAAAUAAUACCGCAUUAUCUCCUGAGCGCAUUCUACCGUUUGAUAUAGAGACCGAGAGAGAUGUAGGAUUUUCAUCAUUAAGUUGUAGCAAAACUGCAGUUUCUUUAGCAGCAGAUGUCUCUCGUCACCCAUCAUUCGAGGUAAAAUUCGAUGCUAAUGGAGAGAAGCCACAGCAUUGGCCACUUUGGUACCGAAUUCUUAUCAUUGCCGCCGUUAGUUUUGCGUCAUUUAUCGUGGUAAUUCAUGGUACAGCCUAUACGAGAAGUAUGCCAGGAAUGAUAGAAGAGUUUGAACUGAAAGAUCUGUCUUAUGCCACUCUAGGAAUGUCCUCAUAUUUACUUGGUAUAUCUGCUGGGAGCUUAGUAAUGGCUCCACUGAGUGAGGUAUAUGGCCGGAAGGUUGUCUAUAUCGGAAGUCUUUUUCUUUAUUCAGUUUUUAUAGUGCCAUGCGCUCUCGCCACAACCUAUCCCCAGAUUAUUGUUAUGAGAUUUUUGGGUGCCUUUGUCGGAUCAGUUACAAUCUCCAACACACCUGGUACAAUUUCUGAUAUAUUUGAUGAAAAGUACAGAGCUCUUGCAAUCAGUUCAUGGAGUCUUGCCCCUCUAAAUGGACCGGUAGUGGGGCCUUUAAUUGGAGGAUUUGUGGCCCAAUAUUUAGGUUGGAGAUGGAUCUACUGGCUGCUCUUUAUUAUGUCUGUCAUAAGUUGGUUUCUUCUGAUAUUCGUUAAAGAAACCUAUGUGCCUGUCUUGCUUCAGAGAAAAGCUGCGCGGAUUCGCAAAGAGACAGGGGAUGAUAGAUGGUGGUGCCAGUAUGACGAGAAGUUGAGUAUGAUUCAAGUACUAAAGGCUAGUAUUCCGCGACCUAUAAUACUAGCAUUCACAGAACCGAUUCUAUGGCUAUGGAAUGCUUAUAUGUCGAUAACCUACGCUAUACUCUAUCUUAGCUUUAUUGCUUAUCCAUUAAUAUUUGUUGAUCUUCGCGGUUGGUCACAAAGUCUCGCCGGAUUAGCUUUCUUGGGUACCGGCGUAGGAAAUUUGGUGGCAAUUUUAGGUGAACCUCUCUUUCGACGCAUUAUUAACUCGCAUCGGAAGGACCCAGAAACGGGACAAGUCCCGCUCGAGGCAUCUAUAAGUAUACUUUGCAUCGCAUCAAUCCUUUGUCCCCUUGGCCAGAUUUGGUUUUCUUGUACAGCACUGCCUAUCAGCAUUCAUUGGAUAUGGCCUAUUUUGGCAGGAAUUCCAUUCGGUGCCGGGAAUUGCUUGGCGAUGAUUUACAGCACAAACUAUAUCUCCAACAGCUAUGGUAUAUAUGCUGCCAGUGCAAUUGCAGGGAAUAUCGUCAUGAGAAACGUUCUGGGUGGUCUGUUACCGCUUUCUGCGGCUGCAAUGUAUGCCAAGCUCGGCCCUCAAUGGGCAGGUACACUGCUUGGUAUAUUGGAGGUAAUUCUCAUUCCUGUACCAUUUGUUUUUUACAAGUGGGGCCGGAAAAUACGGGAAAAAAGUUCGGUAAUUAGUCGCAUGCAACUAGACAUGCAGGGCAAGUAG